CAUAGAGACGGUUACACCAAGAUGGCGGUCACAUUCCAGUCGUUGUUUUUCUUCCUCGCGUUUUGCUCCGUUCUGCUGGGCGUGCGAGCCCAAACAACAGCACCCGGUACAACACAACGUCCCACAACACAAGCCGUAUCGACAGCAGCCCCAGCAGCCCCAACUACGCCGGCUCCUGCCACAGAGGCGCCGGCAACUCAGACCACCUUCCCGGUGAACACCAACGUCGGCAGCUGUACCUGUGACCUGACGCUGAACGCCUGCGACGUCAACUGCUGCUGUGACGCGGACUGCAGCAGCCAGGACGCACAGAGCUUCAGCCAGUGUCUGGAGAACCUCUACAAACCGGACGAUCGGCUGUGUGUCCAGGACCAUAUCAUUGUAUUCGAGAACACCCAGUUUGUUUCCAACUUGGAGUCCAACAACCUGUUCUGCAUUUACACCGAUAACUACCCUGGAAGAAACUACUACACUGGUGCUGACACAGUCGAGACCGAGCAGGCUUUCCAAGACCUGGUACAGACGUAUGAAACGACAUCUUACAGCCAGGUGGGCAGCACAGCUACCGUGUAUGAGAACUUCUACAAGUCUGGAGACCCUAUCUACACUGUGAACGAGAGUGGUGCCCAGGGCACUUUGGGGCUGCCCAAAGCUGACAUCACCUCUAACUGCCUGGACAGUAGUGUUGCUGGCUUUUUACUGGAUGAAACAACAUCUUGCACUCGUGAGUGGAAUAGUCUUGCCGAUCAGUGUGAGACAAGUCCAUCGCUGAAUGCAAACAUAUAUUACCUGGGCUUAAAGGUGGCAAGAACGCCUGCCUUGUUUCAGUCCACACUUCCGCCUACAACAGCUGCUGCUACUGGAACAGCAACUGUCCCUACUGUCACCACAGUUGCCAUGACUACAGCUAAUGUCACUGCUGCUGUCACCACCAGUCUGCCGGGAAACGCCACUGCUGACAACACGACCAACCUUUUCGACAACCCCGACCUUGUGAACUUCACGCUGACAAACAUCACCUGCCAGGACAGAGAGGGCAACAUCGUCUCCUGUACUUUUCCUGCAGGCUCAGUCCCGGCACCUGUCUACAAUGGAACCAGUGGCUUGUGUGACAAUGUUGUUCUCCAAGUUGCUUACACUGUGACACACAAUGGUAGUCAGGGCAUAUCUGCAGUGGAAGUGUCCUUUACCCUUGGUUCAGUUCUCUCCACACAGACCUCAGUGCAGCAGAGUUUUGCCAUCACCUUUGGCAAGCAGGAUUCUGUGGCUGGCUUUAGACGAAGCGGCAAUCCUGGUUAUGUAGUCGGAGAGCCUGUCCUAGCUGGGAAUCUUGUGCAGACAACAUCAGCCACUACUGCUGAACAGCUUCGCUCCAUAGUCGUGAGCAGCGAUAGGAACAGCUGGCUGUCCAUGCUGUCCAGCUCAGCUGAUGGCAGCUGUGUGACAUCGUCCACUGACCGCGCCUCGGUUGUGUUUGGUGAGGACAUGAGAUCGGGAUGUCUGCUCACAGUCUUCUUCACCAACAUCACGGACGUGUGCACGCUCCUACAGAGCACCGCUAACGAUGCCUUACUGGGCACAAACCCACCCACUCACGUUGCCAUGUUCGGAAACUCCCAGCUAGACACUGUUGGAGAUUGGGUAGAAAUCCUGAGAGUCAACGAACCAGUCGCCCAAACAACAGGCUUCAGAACAACCACUUGUCGAAAUGUUGUUUUAGGUAUGCACAUAGAAGUGCUGUAUGCUAACAUUGGGGCAUUGUCGAAUCCGCAGCCCAAGAUUCUUGCAGUGAGGUUCAGAUUUGAGAAUCCCCAGGACAUCACCUUCACCUGUGUGGGGACACAGUGCCAGGCAGGAGGGCCACAGGCUGCCCAGCAGUUUGAGGUUGUCUCCAGUGUUUCCUUCAUCGACGCCUCGUCAUCUCCCACAGCCUCCCUGGCGGAGUACCCAACCAUCCGAACUCAGCUGCCUUACGACUUUUUCUACCCAUUCCAGGCUGCUUCCUCUGCAGUUUCCCACCUUGGUUUAAGUAGAGUGGUUUACGUCACUGCUUUUGUAAUUUCUGCCCUUGUAAGCAGAUAGUCAAGGGUUGGGUAUCGUAGAUUCUCUUGUUGUGAAGCAGUCAUACAGCCAGUUUUCUACACAAUAUCUGGAGCUGAAUAUGUUCAUGUGUCAGUUUUGCGUGAACUUUGUGAUGUCCUCAGCUGUACGCUUGGGAAAGUUUUAUCACCGAUGCUGAAAUAUUGUACAUACAACUAUAUAUAGUGUAAGUUUGUGUGUUCUAGACUGGCUGUGUUGUCAUUGAUCAAAGAUGUAGAUAAUUGUACAAUAAAUCUGUGCCAGCAUAUCAAAUACUAAGUUUGAUUUCAUACUAUUUAAGUUUGAUUUAUGUAUGUACAGAUCUGUCUUUAAAGCUGCAGCUUUUUGUAAAUUUGGUUCAUGCUGCUGGCUAGCCUUUAACUAAAAUAUUUCCUCAGACUGUUUGUUUUUCAAUUUUAAGUUGCAACAGGAGACGCAUGUCACAAUCUUAAAUGCUUUUAUAGUAGUGUGAAAUUCAUUGUAGAAGUCAUAAGUCGAACUUACUUGAGUGAUAAGAUUCUUUACUAUAUCAGUGUUGUGUUGUCAGUAAUAAAACUGCUGUUCAG